AUGAAAGAACUGGUUGCACUGAAAAAACCGACCAUGCUGGAUGAGGGAAACUUUGGACAUUGGAAAGCUAGGAUGCAACACAUCAUCAGAGGCAUUGAUGAAGAUGCAUGGACUGCUGUUGAGCAAGGAUGUACCGCACCUACCAUGGUUAUGGAUGACAAGUCUAUGGAACCCUUACCCAAGGAGAGAUGGAUAGACUCUCAUAAAGCUGCUUCCAAAUUUAACUCAAAAGCCCUCACCAUAAUCUUUUCCGCUGUAGACCUUGACCAAUUCAAGAUAAUUCAAGGCUGUGAAUCUGCCAAGGAAGCAUGGGACACUCUGAUCAACCAAUUUGAAGGAAACACUAGUGUAAGACGCACCAGAAUUGAUCAUCUAGCUUCAAAGUUCAAGAAUCUAUGCAUGGGGGAUGAUGAAUCAAUUGCCUAUAAAACUGUUCUGAAGAUCACGGUCAACACUGACGAGAUGAAAUUCGAUCAAUUAGCGGGUAUCCUGAAGGUUCAUGAUCUUGAGCUUGUGGAAGAGAGUCCUAAAGGACAGAAAGGAAUUGCCUUUUCAGCAGAUACUCAAGAAGUUGACAGAGUCAAGCGAAUUGAGGACAACAUGGUUCUCAUGGCAAAGAAUUUCAACAAGAUGAUUAAAAGGGUUGAAGAAGGCUAUGGUCACACCAGAAGUGAGUGUCCAAACAACCUCAAGAAGGACAAGUCUCUUAUCUGCUUCAGCGACACCGAGUCUGAGAGUGACGAGGACAACAAGGAAUUGCUCAUGAACUUUGUAGCAUUAGUCAGUAAGGAUGACAAACCUGACAUCAUCUCAAGUUCAGACUCAAAGUCAGAAACAGAACAAGACGUCGAGGCGUGUGCUGCAGACAUUAAAACAGAAUAUCGAACUCUAUUUGAUAAAUUCACUGAACUCAGUCUGGAGAAUCUACAAUUGAUCAAGGACAGAGCCUUGUUGAAGGAGAAGGAAGAUCGAUCUGUCCUAGUGAAAACUAUCUCUGAUCAAGCUUACAGCUUGAAGAACUUGGAAACCAGAUUUGAUCAAACUCAGCACUUACUAAGUGAGGAAUUGGAGAAAAGUCAACUACUGCAACGGGAACUCAGUGAAAACUACAAGAAAUGGAGGAUGCUCAAUACUGGCUCCAAGACUCUGGAUCACAAACUGUCUCAAGGACAGUCUCCUGCAAUUAACCGAGGUCUCGGAUAUCUGGGGUCAACAUCACAUACAAGUGACGUCACAAAAGGCAUCAAAUUUGUAAAGAGUACCCAACCUCUUGCAUCAACUGAUCGCCAGGAAGUCACACCUCCUGAUACUGAUGUGAGAGCUCGAACUCAGAGAAAGAUCACCACUCGACAAAAUGGAUGCUUGUUCUGCUGUAAACCUGGACACAAAGCUACUAACUGCUACUUUCGCAGAAGUCAACAUCGACGUGCAUGGACGAUGAAUCAGUGCUUCCUUGAACCAAGCAAAGUGGGAUUUGUAUGGAUAGCAAAGACUGAUCUCUACCCAAACUACGGUAACAGAGUUACACAUCAGAUGAAAACUGAAGGAGAGAUGGCUGAACCUCUAACCAUUGCCAAAGGGAAGGCAAAGCCAUCAUAUUUUGAUGUGUCACUCUCCGACGAUGAUGAUCGUAUAGAAAAACUCUUUUGUGUGUUCGACUCGGAGCCAGCAGUCGCAAAGGUCGCUUACACCACUACUGAUAGCACCACUUCUACUGAAGUCCCCUGGUACUUUGAUAGUGGAUGCUCUAGGCACAUGACAGGAAGCCUGAGUUGCUUGGAUAAAGUAGAAUACAUCAAAGGGGGAAAAGUUACCUUUGGUGAUGGUGGUUAUGGGAAGAUACGCGGUGUUGGAAACACCAACAGAGCAGACUUACCUCAACUCAUAAACGUAUUCUUUGUUGAUGGGCUAAAAGCCAAUCUCAUAAGUGUCAGUCAACUCUGCGAUGAAGGUCUUCAAGUCAUCUUUGACAAGAAGGAAUGUCGUGCCAUCGAUGAAAAAGGAAACUUAGUCCUAUACGGGUUUCGCUCAGAAAACAACUGCUACAUGUGGAAACCAUCAAACCAGUGCAUGUCAGCAAAAGAAUCUCAGAUUGAUCUCUGGCACAAGAAACUAGGACAUAUGAACACUCACGGCCUAUCCAGACUGAUACGAGCAGAGGUGGUGAGAGGGGUCCCAACACUCGAAAAUCUUACAGACAACGUUUGUGAGGCUUGUUGCAAAGGUAAACAAAUCAAGGUUCAAAACAAACAGGUAUCUCAGAUCAACUCUAAACGUGUAUUUGAGCUCAUUCAUAUGGACCUUAUGGGUCCAAUCACCCGUAACAGUAUUGCUGGAAAGCGAUACAUUUUUGUACUUGUUGAUGAUUUUUCCAGGUUCACUUUGGUUAGGUUCUUGAGACACAAGUCAGAUGCUAUUGAAAGCUUUCGAAUCCUUGCACUACAACUCAAACAAGAGAAAGGUGGCAUAGUCCAGAUCCGUAGUGAUCACGGAGGUGAGUUUCAGAACAAGGAGUUUGAAAAAUUCUGCCAGAGCCAAGGCAUUCAGCAUCAGUACGCAGCACCAAGGACUCCUCAGUAA